ACUUGUUGUAUUUCAGAGAAUGAAUGAACCCUACGACUACCUGUUCAAGUUCCUAGUGAUAGGUUCAGCUGGAACAGGAAAAUCCUGUUUACUUCAUCAGUUUAUUGAAAACAGGUUCAAAGAGGACAGCAGUCAUACUAUAGGAGUUGAGUUUGGGAGUAAAAUAAUUCCUGUUGGUGGACGGAGUGUUAAACUUCAAAUCUGGGAUACAGCAGGACAAGAGAGAUUUAGAUCUGUUACAAGGAGCUAUUACAGGGGAGCAGCAGGUGCGCUACUUGUCUACGAUGUGAGUUCCCGUGAAUCCUUUAAUAACCUGGCGAACUGGUUGACAGACGCCAGGACCCUCGCCAGCCCAGCUAUAGUCAUUAUCCUAGUCGGGAACAAGAAGGACCUAGAGGAGGAGAGGGAGGUCACAUUCCUUGAAGCGAGCAGGUUUGCCCAGGAGAACGGACUCAUGUUCUUAGAGACAAGUGCCAAGACCGGAGACAGUGUUGAAGAGGCCUUUCUUAAAUGUUCAAAGAAUAUUCUUGCUAAAAUUGAAUCCGGAGAAUUGGACCCGGAAAGGAUAGGAUCAGGGAUCCAGUACGGAGAAUCUCUUCUCCGGAGAACUGAUCAACUCUCCGCUACUCGGAGAACUCCUGACUGUUCAGCUCUCACGGGAUCUUGUAAAAUAUAAUCGUAGUCAUUCCACAUCAACAAAUUAUACUUUAUUUUUCAUCAUUAUUAUAACUCAUUAUUCAUAUUAUUAUUAUUUUGCCUGAGAUCGCAACUUUUGUAAUUUUAACCCCAUGAAAAGCACUAAUCCAUAUCCAGGAUGGAGGACAUCGAGUUGAAAGGUUUUUAUUAGCGCUAAUCCAUACAAAAGUUGAUCUUAACAGCUUCUUGGAGAUCAUAUACAAACCGGGAUACGACAUUGUUCCAAGUGUGAUUUUUUCUAGAGUUAUCAAAGGAAUGAUUUUACUGUUCUUUAUAUUUCAUAUAUUUGUGCAGGGUAUUCCGUAAUCACCAUCCUUAUAAAUGACUUUACUAGAAAUGACAUUUGGAAAAAUGUCGGGAGUGUAUUUAAAAACUAUGCUGCACAAAUUUCUAAAAACAUGGUAUUUUUUUUCUAGCUUCUUAUCUGUUCUACAAAUGUUAAAUAUUUCUCAGUUUUGAUAACUUUGCUCAUUUCAGCUUAUUCAAAAUCUUUUUAACCAUAUUAAUUUUGUGAAUUCGGCUUCCAAAAUUAGUAUCGAACGACCCACCUUGACGUGGAAGCUAACGGCACUAAGUAAAAAAGAGAAAUCUAGAAAUAUUAAUAUAAAUGUUUAUCUUACAAUCUGUAUAUUUACAAUAUUUUGCAAUUUAAAUGUUUUGUAAAAAUUCACUAGAUUGGUAAUUAUUUCAUGUUUACUGUUCAUCAAAAAUCCAAACAGUUUGUUUUUAUUUAAAUGUGAAUCGAUCUGAAACGUAAAAUCUGUGCUUUUUAUUCGUCUCCCUAAAAAUAUUUGGAACCCCAAGUUGCCAAAAAGUCUCAAUUUUAAAAUAUAAUUCGACAUAAACCCCUAAGCAAUGAAUUGAAUAAUUGCAUAGUUUUGAUAAAUAGCUUUAAGAUUUUGUUUGCAAGGAUCAUUGUUAAGCUUAAUAUACAGGGUGUCCCAAUAAACAUGGGAAAUUAAUGACUACUUCUAUAUCGUCUUUGUCCCAUGCGAUAUUUAAGUCUUCUCUCAAUGUCCAUGUUUAUUGGAACACCUUGUACACGAACAUUAGAUUUAUUUCUGGCAAGAUCAAAUUCUUAAAUCCUUUAUUGUACCAAAUAUUGCGUUAAAUCUUGAAACCUAAAAUUUUGAUCUGGGAUGAGCAAUCUCAAUUAUGUCAGUUUUAUUGUAAAUAAACUGCUAUUCGACAGUAAUGAGACAUAAAGGACGACAUUUCUAAUGUGAUAAAAAUCUAUCUAUUAUUUUUAAUUAACUAAACUAACUUACAGCUUUGUUUUAUUUUUUUCUAAAAUUAUUGAGAUCUGAAUUCUUGAAAUAUUUAUAUCUUGUGAUACCAAACUACACGCAGAGAAUAUUUAAAAUAAAUUUUGCAUUUA